AUGCCCCCGAUGGUUCCAUAUCUCACCAAGUUGCCUAUGUACCAGGAAGAAUCCACCUUCACCCCAGAACAGAAGCUGAGACGAGUGACGGGCUAGGAAAUAGAACAGAUUCAUGUAGGUCCGCGUUGUUAUGUGCUGCAAUUGACUUCGGUACCGCAUACACGGGCUAUGCAUUCUCCUGGCAAAACGAUCAUAAACGCGUGUUCACAAUGACCACCGAUGAAGGGUCCUCAAAGGUUCCAACAAUGGUACUAUUUGACCAGAACAAAAAGUUUCAUUCGUUUGGCUACGAAGCACAAAACAAAUAUGAAAAACUAUUAAGCCGAGACAACCAUAGGGAAUGGUACCUGUUUACGGAUUUCAAAAUGACGCUUUUUCAAUCAAAGGAGCUUAAAGAAAAUACACCGGUGAAAGAUAUUCAAGAGAAAAUAGAAAUGCCCGCCAUUGAUGUUUUCGCCAAUGCAAUAGGAUUCAUUAAAAACAAGCUUCAAGAAGAUCUCGACAAGCGAGACAGUGGCAUUCGCGAGAGUGACAUACAUUGGGUUCUUACAGUGCCAGCAAUAUGGAAUGAUUCCGCAAAGCAGUUUAUGAGGAAUGCAGCUAUAAAGGCUGGAAUAUUAGAUGAAAUGCUUUCUUUAGCGCUAGAACCUGAAGCAGCUUCAGUAUACUGCAUGGAAUCGUUUCCUUGCGUUGGUAAAGUAGGAACGAGAUACAUUAUACUUGAUCUCGGCGGUGGUACGGCGGACAUAACAUGCCACAAAGUUGUAGAAGGUGGUUUAAAGGAGUUAAAAGGACCGGAAGGUGGAAGGUUUGGUGGAACAAAUGUAGACAAAAAAUUUAUAAAACUAAGAAAACUACUUGAAUGAGUUUUGGGAAAUGAUGGCCGACUUUGAGAUGUCCAAAAGAAAAUUUGAUAACUUAGAGAAUGAUCAACUGAUAGUCAAGUUUCCACCGCGACUUUAUGAAAUUUAUGGAGAACAUGAAAGUAUCGAUGAUGUUUUGCAGAAAGCAGGCUGCUCUGAAGACAUCAAAAUAAAACAGGGUAAAAUGCGUAUUUUAAAAGACAAAGGACAAUGGAUAUUUGAUGAAACAAUAGAUCAAGUUAUCGAAAGAACUCAAUCCCUUCUUAACGCGCUUGAAGAUGUUGACUAUAUAGUAUUAGUUGGCGGGUUUUCAGAGUCAAAAUACCUUCGAACGAGAAUGAAGGCUGAAUUCGGGGAUAAAGUUGUAGAGCCUACAGAACCAAGAACUGCUGUUAUGAGAGGAGCCGUGUUGUUUGGCCACAAUCCAGCUGCUAUACAAACAAGAGUUUCAAAGUAUACCUAUGGUAUCGCAACAAUGAAACAUUUCGAACCAGGAUUACAUUCAGAACAGAAGCGUAUCUUGAUUGGUGGGCGUGCGUAUUGCGAUGACAUCUUUGAAAAGCAUGUAACUAUUGGACAAGAGAUAAUUGUCGGACAAAGCAUGAAAGAGAUUACCUAUCAUCCAACUAUAGCCAAGCAGACGCAAGCUACCCUGCAGGUGUUCGCAAGCUCAAAAGAAGAUCCCGAGUAUGUGACCGAUGAGGGUUGUCAGCAUGUUGGCUCACUGCUUGUGGAAAUGGACACAGGCGGCAACAGGAACUUUAAAAUCAAAGUUAAGCUGAUAUUUGGUGGGACCGAAAUACAGGUUAAAGUCCGGGAUGAACAUGGAAUUGUGAUAAAAGACGCCAAGAUGAAGUUCUUAGACUAGUUCGACCAAUAUGACUUUGGUGACCGUUAUUUAAUUGGAUAUAUAUUUUGACAACACUUUGACUUCCUCAUUAAUCUCAAUAUUUUUUUUAUUUAAACCAUGCUGACAGGACCGCUAUAAGCGCGUGAAAAAUUUCGUGAACAUAACAAAAUACAUAUUAAGGUAAAUAAUUAUUAGCAGUUGAAAGACUUCACAAAUGAUAGUUGGCAACAGCUUAUCUUUUAGACAAAGUUCCCCAAAGUCCAGGAAAAGUGAUUGAAAAGGAAAUCAAUGCAAAUACAUGUAAGGCUGAAUACUGCUAUAACGAAAAACAAAUUAGUAUGCCCGAAAUAUGAGACGUGACUGUAUAUCUAAUAACUUUAGAAUAGUUUUGUUGCAAUUUUGAACAUUAUGCAUGUAUUAAAUUUUAUAUAUUUAUUCAGUUUCUGGUCUGAAAUAUUCUUUACAAAUUAUUUGAAUGAAUGUGUUACAUUUGUACAUGUAAGUACAUAUUAUAUUUUUAAUCGGAAUUUAAUCAAAGUAAUAAUUUGAAA